GGGCGGCGGCUCAGUGCAAGAAGAAGAAGAAGGCGGCGGAGGAGGGUGGGAGUGAUUUUUUUUUUUAUUUUUUUUCCCCCUCCUUCUUCCACGCGAGUUUUCCGCCAUGAAUCCCAACUGUGCGCGCUGCGGGAAGAUCGUGUAUCCCACGGAGAAGGUGAACUGCUUGGAUAAGUUCUGGCACAAAUCAUGUUUCCACUGCGAGACCUGCAAGAUGACCCUGAACAUGAAGAACUACAAGGGCUACGAGAAGAAGCCCUACUGCAACGCACACUACCCCAAGCAAUCCUUCACCAUGGUGGCAGACACGCCCGAGAACCUGCGCCUAAAGCAGCAGAGUGAGCUCCAGAGCCAGAUCCGCUACAAGGAGGAGUUCGAGAAGAACAAAGGGAAGGGUUUCAGCGUGGUGGCCGACACCCCCGAGCUGCAGAGGAUCAAGAAGACUCAGGAUCAGAUCAGCAACAUCAAGUACCACGAGGAGUUCGAGCGGAGCCGGAUGGGGCCCAGCCCCAGCGAGGGCUCGGAGCCGGAGCGCCGCAAUUCCCCGGAGAGCGGCGCCUACCGGAGAGCGGAGCAGCAGCAGCAGCACGGCCAACCCGGAGCCACAGUUUACCAGCAGCAGCAGCAGCAGCAGCCGCCUCCAUCCCAGUCCUACGGCUACAAGGAGCCAACUCCGGUCUCCUCACAGCGCAACGCCCCGGCCGGAGGGGGGAAGCGUUUCCGUGCCGUCUAUGACUACAACGCGGCGGACGAGGACGAGGUGUCCUUCCAGGACGGGGACACCAUCAUCAACGUGCAGCAGAUCGAUGACGGCUGGAUGUACGGCACGGUGGAGCGCACGGGGGACACGGGCAUGCUCCCGGCCAACUACGUGGAGGCCAUCUGAGCCCAGUGACGCGGCCCUGCCCUGUGUCCCCUCCCCGUGGCUGCGGCUCUUGUCCCCUCCCCGCCCACUCCGCCCUUCGAGCCGUGUCUCCUCCGGUUUCGGGGCCGUGCGGGGUGGGGAUCAAAGCUCCAGGGCAUUUCUCCUCCUGUCCCCUCUGUCCCUCCUGUCCUGCCCUCCCGGCCACCGGGAUGCCAGGAAAGGGCGGGAGAGGCCACCUUAGGACCAAAUUCCUGCUGUGGGGUGGGGAAAGCGAGGGGGGCUCACCCUGGGCUCGGGGUGGGCUGGCAGCUCCCCCUGCUCGGCCCAGCUCUGGCUCAUCCUGCUCCUGGCUGCCCUCAAUCCUCACUCCCCUCAGUGCCCAGGGCAGGAAAGGUUUGAGCUCAAAUCUCCAACCAAACCUCUCUGCUCUGGCUGCUCCUGACUUGGGCUGGGCUGUCCUGAGCCCUCCGGUGCAGGAGCAGCCCUGGGGCUUGUCCUGGCUGGAGGGCUGGGCUGGGCUGAGGCCUUUGGAGCUGGGAUGAGCCCCCCCAGAUUGGGAUCAGCCCCCCAGGCUGGGAUCAGCCCCCUUCAGAGCUCCAGCUCACUCUGGGGGUCCCCUGGAGGAGCUUUUUCCCCCCACCCAGAAUUUUCCUGCUUUUCUCCUCCUCCUGCUGCUGCUGCUGAGUGCUGCCACCCCUCUGGGCCCAUCCCGGGUCACUGUCCCCUGGGUGCUGUGACACCCCCAGCCACCCCACACCUCUCAUUCCCAGCGCUGGUGGCAGCUCUUUGGGACCACUUUGGGAUUGUGUCACGGACCAAAACGUCAGAGCACGUCCCUGUCCCCUUUCUCCUCCGGGCUCCAGAGCUCCUGGGGGGGAUCAGGGUUGGGUUAAACUGGAACUGGGCAGGGAGGGAGGAGCAGAGACCUCCAGAGGGUUCCGGGAGCAGGACCUGGGACAGUGGGGUGUCCCCAUACCAGGACUUGGGGACAGUGGGGGUGUCCCCCUGCCCGGAGCGCUGUGGGGCCAGGAGGCUCCCAGGGGGAAGCUCCACCUUCGUUAUUCCCACAGGAAAAUCGGGAAUAAGGGACCAAAGCAGCUGAGUGAGACAUUCCUUGGGCCACCUCCCUUCCUCGGGGGUUGGGAUUGGGGGCAGAGUCAACGCUGGGAAAAGGGAAUUGUGGCUGCAGUGGGAUUGGGGACGGGGAUUUGGGGUGACAGCGGGGCAGGAGCAGCCAGGAUGGGCUGCCCGGGGUGGGAAUCCCAGCUGGUGCUAAAACAGGGAGCACAAGGGCAGGGGGAGCCUCCUCUCCCUGCUGAAUCCUCUUCUUAAUCACGUUCUUGUCUGGGAAUGGCGGGGGGGAGCCUCAAUGUGAAUAAACCCUUUUUUAAUGGACCAAAUAACACAGGAAAUUCCCUUUUGGGAUACAGAUCUUUUUUUAAUCCUCCCUCAAAACCAUUGUCCCUAAAUUCUCCCCUCCCAUGCUCCUUUCACCCCCGCCAUGGGAAACAAACCUCUUACUGCUUGAUUUCUGCCUUUUCUCUCAACUUUAUGCACUUUUUUGCCUUUUUUUUCAUAGCUGAAAAGCACCUAAACCUGUAUUUAAAAUAAAUAAAUAAAUAAAUGAGUUAAAGAAAAAAAAGAAAUUACAAGGAAGAAGAACAAUUAGAAAGCUGAAUAAUUGCUUCUCAUCACGUGUAAAAUAGACCUCAUCCAUCCCAGCUUCCCUGGUUGUGUCUCAGUGCUGAGCUUAGAACGUGUUUUCCUCGGGAUCCGUCGCUUAAUUGGGGUUUUGUCCUUGUGUCCUCCUUCCUGGGUUGAGCACCCACCUGUAAAAAAAAAAAAAAUUACAAAAUUAUUUGGCCUUUUUAUCCAAAAAAAAAAAAGACAGAAAACGAAAACCCACGGAAUGGAACAACCCGACCAUCGAUUCUCUUGCUGGUUUACUCGGAUUGAAAAUAAAAGUUUAAUUUUUA